AUGCUUUCUUGUCCAUAUGAACAUUGUGAGAAAACUUUUUCAAAACGUGCUGCUCUUCAUGAACAUACAAAAUCACAUAAAGGCCAAGCAUACUGGAAAAUAUUAAAUAAUAUUUCAGACAUUUCUAAUUCUACUCAUGUUAAAAAUGUAGAAACUAAAAUUAAUAUCGAAGAUGAUGAUACCGUAAUAAACAUAAAUGAAUGUGAUCGUGAAGAUGAUGGAAAAAGUGAAGAAAAUAAUGAAAACAAUUUUGAAGAAAGCAAUGGACGUGAAAGUGACAUAAAUGAAACUAUCGAGGCUGAAGAAGAAAAUAUUGAGAAUAUUCCUAAUUUUAUUUUAUAUAAUCCUGAAUCAAAUCAAACAACAGUAAUUGAUAUAAGACCUGUUAGUGUAAAUUGUAAUACAUUGCAGUUCCCUGAUACAGCUUAUGCUGAAUUUAUGGAACUUGUAUCAACACAUCAUUUAUCUAAUUCAGCUGGGAAUUCUGUAUUGAAAUGGUUUUGCAAACAUUAUCUUCAAAAUAAUGAAUUUAGAGCUCCAAACAGAUCAGCCAAAUUCAGGUAA